AUGCAGCUGGACGCCCACCACAUAUCAGCAUCUCCUGCAGGAUUGAACGCACAUGCACUGCCUACUGGCACUGAGUUCUGCUCUGGAGCAGUGAACAGAACAGGCAUCAACGGCCUGUCACAGUGUGGCACUCUUGGGCUCACCACGGGUACCUUCCACGUCAGCGCGGUGCAGCCCAUCAGCUAUGUGAUAGAGGAGGUGGAGGGGCUGCUUGACCCUGACAACAAGACGCUGCUGCGCGGAGUAGUGCCGGACUCUUUCCCGCUGGGGCUGAGCCUGAAUCCUGCGCAGCCGGGCGAGCGGCGGCUGGUUGUCAUCGAUGACAAUGUGUACCGUAUCUACGGUGCCCAACUGCGCCAGUACUUCAGCUUGAAUGGGGUGGAGGCGACGAUAGUGCCCCUGCCAACAAUGGAGGCCAACAAGAGCUUUGACCUUGUCUAUGAAGUAGCCCGCAGGGCUGAGAUCUUCAAGUUGAACAGACGAAAGGAGCCCAUCAUUGCAAUUGGUGGCGGAGUGUGCCUCGAUGUUGCUGGCCUUGUUGCAAACCUGUACCGCAGAAACACCCCAGUCAUCAAGGUGCCCACCACCUUGAUGGCUGCCAUAGAUGCGUCCAUCGGCAUCAAGACUGCCGUCAAUUUUGACAACCGCAAGAACAAGCUGGGCACAUACUGCCCGCCCCUCGGUGUUUUCAUAGAUAGGACAUUCCUUCGCACUCUGGACCAGCGCAACAUCAGCAACGGAGCGGCCGAGAUGCUGAAGAUGGCGUGCAUUAAAGACGCACAGCUGUUCUACCUGUUGGAGCAGCACGCCGAGCAGCUCAGGGCCACCAGCUUCCAGGACAAGGCGGCAAGCGUGGCCAUGCGGCGCAGCAUUCAGGGGAUGCUGGAGGAGCUGGAGCCCAACCUGUGGGAGCACAUUCUGUGCCGCCUGGUGGACUACGGGCACACCUUCUCGCCAGAGAUUGAGAUGGCCGCACUGCAGUACGGAGACGAGCUGCUGCAUGGCGAGGCCGUCAACAUCGACAUGGCACUCACAACCCAGAUUUCGUACGCGAGGGGUCUGAUCAGCCGCGAGGAGCAGGCGCGGGUUAUGGACAUCAUGCAGCGCUUCCGGCUGCCCAUGUGGCACCCCGUCUGCAACCCUGACCUGCUGCUGAAGGGUCUGAGGGACACGACUAAGGCGAGGGACGGUCUGCAGCGCGUACCUCUCAUGUGCGGCAUUGGAGAGGCGGUCUUUGUCAAUGACAUCAGUCCAGCUGAGAUAACGAGCGCCGCAGCCGCUCUUAAGAGCUUCGCCCUGCAGACCAGCCACAGCUCGUCGGAGAACAACAACAUCGUUGCAGCGCCGGCCAAAAUUGCAAUGCCCGUAUGA